AUGUCGCGAAAAGCCCACCCAGAGUGUCUUCGUUAUUUUUUACUACAAUUACGAUUUCCUGGCUGCUCCCCAACAACGGAUGAUGGUCGUGAAGAUUCCUGUACAAUAGAGCAGCUAACUGAUGCAUUAAUCAGUGGAGGAUAUACACCAUCCAAUGCCAAGGAAACAAUACUCAAUGCCUUAAGUGAUGGCAUUCUCAUGCCAAUGACAACUGCGGCUGCAUCUCCCCGUCCGCGAUCAACAGCAGCGGACAUAAAACGUGUACGUCUACCCAAUUCUCAAGAAGUUCGGGUGGACUCUUCACACGAUUGGUAUUGUUUUGAGUGUCAUCUGCCUGGUAUACUGGAAAAUUGUACACAAUGCUGGCGUUCUUUCCAUCGUCUGUGUUACCGUAAGAAUCCCGAACGACCCAACUAUACUGUACCCUCUUCGAAGAAACAGAAAAAUCGACUACCCGCCUUUAGUUCCGAUACAGAAUCGGAUGCAGACACACUAGCACGCUGUUCUACAGCAAUGGGCUCGGAACCGGAUGUGAGGCCCAAUUCUUCACAGCGCAUCACUACGGAUCAGGCGCCAAAACAGGACAUUGAAAUACUCGACGUAACUUAUAUUAGUCAACCGGAACCCAAACCUUUGUUGGAUGAUUUGGAAAGUAAAAGCAAAGUGGAUGUGGUGUGUAUUGGUGAAAUUCGUCCACCGAAUCGACGACGACGUCCCAAUACAACAGCCUCAAAUGUCUCGUAUAAAAGUGAGAUUUCACCCAACGAUGAAGAGGAUCAUCAAGAUAUGGAAUUGUGUACUUGUUGUAGGCUAUUAAAGCGGGCUCAUCUCAACAAUCCACCAAAUCUGCAACCCGAUGAAUUGAGCCAUUUAAUCAAUUUCACAUUUACCUAUAACAGAGAAUGGUUGACUCAUGAUGUGCGGGAAUAUCUGACAUCGAAACGUUUAAAUGUCAAAGAAAUAAAUCUGGUUAAUCACCUGCUGUUGUAUUCGCCGAUCAAGCGUUUAACAGAUAUCGACAUCAAAAUGCAGCGAAAUGAAUAUAAUUUUCUUACGGAAUUUCUGGUGGAUCUAAUGGAUAUUCAACAUAAUAUGGGUGUAUUUUUUGGGCCUUAUAGUACAGAAUUUGAAUCGACCAAAUGGCUGCUGAGAGAUGUGGCCCAUGAUCUCUCUGAGAUAAGACGCUGUCCCGACUGUUUCCGUUAUUCACAUGAAAAAGAUUCGGUUAUAUGGUUUGCCAAACCGUGUGUCCAGCGCCAUGAAUUGGUGUAUGCCAAACACAGUGGAUUCCCCUAUUGGCCGGCGAAAGUUAUACGCGUCUUACCGAACAAUAAAUUCGAUGUACGUUUCUUUGGCGGUUCCCAUUCUAGGGCAUUGAUAGAUGUACGUCACAUUAAACCCAUUGAUUCGGAUGUAAAAUCUCUCAAACUGGGUAACAGUCCGGCAAUUAAAAAAGCCAUGGAAGAAUUGAGAUAUCAUCAAUUGCUGUCAACAUACCCCCCGAGUUUGUUUAGUUUUCAUGCAAAUCCCCUGGAAACAGAAAAGGUUAUACGAACAGUAAUCGGUAGUAAUCCAACUGCAGCUAUUUUUCAAGAAAAACGUCCUGGAAAACGGAGGAAAUCUGCCAUAGUUAGCAGCAGUGUUGAGGAUGAUUUUGCUCCCAUUAAUACAUCACAAUAUACUGGGUCAACGGUCAGUUCGUCACGGCCAAUGAGUAAUAGUCAAUCAAGUAUAGUAUGUCCAGAAUUGACCGUUUCUGUGAAACGUCUGAAGGUCCAUAAUUAUCCUCCAUUUAAUCAGGCUAACAAAAAUGGCAGCGGCAGUAAAGAGAAAAGGUCGACUAGAAAAUCAAAGAAAAAGGAUACAACAAAUGAUCCAGAAGAAGUGCUGGACACAAUGCUUAAAGAAAUGGAAGAGGCACGCAAAAUAAUUAAUGAAUAUAAACAGAAAAAUGAAAAACUCGAAGCCCAAAAACAAAAACUUAAGGAAACAAUUAAAAAGCAGGAACUUGAACGUAAAAUAUUGAAGCGCAAGCAGUGGUGUUAUUGGUGCCUAGAAGAGGCCAUCUAUUUGUGUUGUUUCCGGGCCGCCUACUGUUCCGAAGUAUGUCAAUCUCGACAUUGGAAGGAUGGUCACAGUAAAGUUUGUAAAAAUCCUACCAAUGGAUCCAAUACAAGCCCAUAAUACAUUGUUUU